AUGGCGUCCGAGCUCCCCGUCGAUCUCCUAGAGGAGAUCUUCCUCCACCUCGACGACGCGGCCGACCUCGCCCGCGCCUCCGCUGCCUGCACUUCCUUCCGCCGCAUCGUCUCCGACCACCGCUUCCUGCGCCGCUUCAUCAGGUCCUCGUCCCUCCACCGCCGCCGCCCGUCCCUAGGGUUACUCGAGAAUCGUGGCGGUGGUGAAAACCGUGAAAUAAUAGCCCCGUUCGCUUGUCUUAAAUUUGGCUUGUUCGGCUUGUUUUUUCAGCCGGAACAGUGUUUUUCUCUCACAACAAUUCAGCCGGAACAGUGUUUUUCAGCCAGUUUCAGCCAAAGUUCAGACGAGCGAACGGGCCUAAUAUUCUACCCUGCACAGUCGCCGCGCCUUGCCGCGUUGGCCGCCGGUGCCUGCGCAGAAGCUGCCGACUUCACCUUCUCCUUCGUCCCUCACCCCAAGUGCUGGCGCGUCCGCGACGCUCGUGACGGCCGCGUCCUCCUCUCCCGGUCCCGGUUCCAAUCUGUUUCGUACGCCCUCCAGGACCUCGUGGUCUGCGACCCCUUGCACCGGCGGCAUGUCCUGAUUCCGCCCAUCCCCGACGAUCUACUAGAUGCGGCGGCCUCCACAGAGCACGGUGGUGACCAGCAGGAACUCGAGUUUGAGCCCUUCCUCGCACCGGCGCCGGAGGCCAACGACAGAGAUGGUCACGAACUGUCGUUCCGGGUGAUGUGCAAUGCUCUGUCCAAAACCAAGGUGGUGGCUUUCGCCUUCUCUUCGGCCGGCAGACAAUGGCGAGCCGUCACAUCUUUUACCAACCCAAUCUAUGUAUGGACGAAGCUGUCUUCAGUGUGGUUUCGCCAGUCUGUGCGCAGCUGCUUCUACUGGACGAAUUCUUAUGAAAAUUUCGUGCUCGUGCUUGACACGUGCGGGACGAUGAGGUUCUCCAUCAUCAUCAUCACUGACAUCCCGCAAACAAGCUACUACGGACACUCUAAAAUCGCUGUGGAGGCAGGGGUAGGCAGGCUUGGUCUGUUACUUGUUGACGACAACAAGUUGGAGCUGUAUAGUAAGGCUUGGCAAGGAAAUAAUGGUGGUGUCUUCGUUCCAGAACCUGCUGAAGAGUGGCGGCACGACAAUACAAUUCCACUGCCAAUUGCCGGUCUAUGGAUCCUCAGUGUUGCAGCAGACGGCUACGCUGUCCUACGAGGGCAUCCAAUGGACCAGGUCGAUCUCUCUGUGCUUGAUCCUAUGAAUCACCCAUCUGAAGCACACUACUUCACCGUGGACCUCAAGACAUUGCUGCUUGAGAAUCUGGGUGUGUUGAAAUAUGGUAGUGUCCCCGAAUUUCUCUAUGCAAGCUUCCCGCCACCGUUUUCACCGCCUACUAUAUGA